AUGUCCUGCGAGUCUCUGUACCGGGGGAUGAACUACCUCGAGAAGCAGAAUCCCAUGGCCACACCCACAAAGGACGAGACAUGUGAAAGCAAUGACCCCGAUCGGUUCUUGGGUCUAUCGCCCGAGACGGCUGAGCUGUGGAAGACUUUGGGUGACACGCCCGAUUCCAAAGCUCUCAAGGAAGAGUACCUCCGCACGAAGGGGCAGCUGCAUCGUGGAUUUUCGAGUGGGAGCUGCGGUGGAAGCACUACAUCCGAGACGACACAGGUUCUCCCCGGUGCGAACAUGCAGUACGCAAAAGCUGUGGAGGAGGAAUCCAGGAAGCGCCCACCCCAGGAUGAUGCUCUUGAUGUCGGGCUUAGCAAGAGGAUGAAACAAGAACAGGCUGCCUUGGAGAAGUACAUGAACGAGCAGAUGAGCAAGCUACGAGGGCAAAUGCAACAGGAGCUAGUGCAGCAUCAGCAGGCCCUUGACGAAGCCAGGAAGCAGCAUGAGGCGGCACUGCAGGCAGAGCAGGAGAGGCAGGAGCAGCUUAUGAUGCAGCGCCAGGCCGAGCACGAGGCAACCUUGCAGGAGGAGCGGGAGCAGCACGAGCACAACCUUUGCUUGCUCAUCGAGCAAGCCUCUUCUGCCCAAGCAGAGGCCGUACGAUCUAUGCAGACAGCACCCAAGCCUGCAAAGGCUGACACUGCUCCCAAGCCGGAUGCAAACCGCGCAGAUGCUCAUGAUGCUAAAGCUAAGCUGCGGGCAAAGAUGGAAGCCCACACACCCGGGCCCCAGUCAGCCCAGCCUGCUUUGCAGGCCCCAAACCCGUCCCAGGCCAUUGCUGUUGCAACAACCCCGCAAGCUGCCCCAGCAGCCCAGCUUGCUUUGGCCGUUCCGGUUGCCAAACAGCUGCCACCCCCUGCCCAGACCCAGCUCGCUGUGCAGCCCGCAGGCCCUCCGCAAGGGAUUGGUUCUGGACCUUUCAACUCCUCCACCCAUCCAAACGCUUGGGGGGCUUUGUACCGAAUCACGCGGGCACCAGACUGCCUGGCAGAGAUCAAACAAGCGUGGGAUGCAGGAGACUUCCAACGGCAGAACCUGCUCCGGGACUUCAUUGGUCGAUGCUAUGUCCAAGGGGGGGAUCCCACUACUCACAAGGCCAAGCUGAACUGCCUCAUCACCUUCCGCACCAAGACCGUGAAGUGGCGAAAGAACCUCCAAGGCUACUCUUGGAAAACCGAAGCCGAGAUGCGGAAGCCGCCUCUCGAGUGGGAGGAGUCGAGGAUUCAGGGUGCCAUCAAGCACUGUGAGAAGAAGAAGCUCACUAAGAAAGACUUGUAUGACCCCAACAUCCGCAAGUACCUUGUUUUGGUGCGGGAUGAUGUUGAAUCCGCAGAAGAGAAGCUGCAAGAGCUGCAGCAAGAGAUGGCCCAAAUGGGCCUCUUGUCCAGUGACUUCGAGCUCGGAGACAUCAUGGAGGAAUUGGAUGGGGAGACCACCACAGACAACUCCAAGCCACAGCCAGGUGGCAAGAAGCGCUUGGCCGAGUACCCCACGGUGGAGGGCGAGGAAUCUAUUCAGGAAUACCUUGGACAAUACCGACGUGCAGUCCUUACCCGCAAAGCUCUGCUGAAGGGUGCUCGUGAGCGGCUCGAGAAGGAGGGAUCAAAGGGCCACGAGGAAGACCUCAAAGUCUUGUCCACGAGUGGUGACAAGCUCGGGUGCCUCUUGAACGAGCUGGCCAAGAUCGAAGCUGGUGCCGAGGGUGGGGUGAAGCAGAGUUUUGCACCUCUGGUGGAGAAGAUCCGCUCGGAGUGUAUUAUGUUCACCAGCUACCAUGCACAGAUCAAGACUCACUUUGCCAAGACGGCCGCGAAGACCAAGGCCGCUCCAAAAAAAACGCCGGCUCCUCCGGAUUCGGAGGGAGCCAAGUGA